AUGGAGUCCCUCCUUGAGAAGCUCGAAGAGUCCAGCGCGCAGCUGCGCACCCAGUAUGAGCGGGUUCGGAAGAUGGGCGGUGAUUCAGGGAGUGAUGAGGCGAAGCUUGACGCCCUCCGCACGUUGCACGACUGCUUCCUAUCGCACACCGAAAAAACGAAGGGAGAGGUGGAGUUCUUCAUGACAGAUGAAGAGCGCGAGGCGGAGGACCUCGAGGAGGAGGUUGCGGCGCUCGAGGCGGAGUUGCUGCUGCUCACGAGAGCUGCAGAAGGCCGUGACGCCGGAGACCGCACUCUGCCCGCACUCCACGACGACGACUUGGUGGAGUCGUAUCAGACAUUUUCGACGCAGCUGGCAGACUUCACAGCGCAGCUGUCGGUGAUGCGCGAGGCCCUUCAGGGUUUGCUGGCGCAAUCCACGCUGCAGGCGGUGGCGGCAACGUCGCUCGCUUCAUGGUGCGGUGUCACGAACCGGGAGGCGUGGGUCGCGCGUGAGAAGCAGCUGCAGGCGGCGUGGAAGGUGCUGAGCAGCAGCGCGGAGCUCAUGGGUGUGUCGGCGAGCGAGGCCUCAAUGAUUGCCGCACACGAUCUCCUUAAAGAGGUAGUACCACUGGCGAAGCGAGCAGUAAGCAACAUUGCCGAAGGGCGCCGGGCGGAGGAGGAGCGCGAGAGGGGCGUGAAACAGGUGGAGACACAGCAGCAGCGCCUGGUGAUGUGGUGCCGCCAACAGCAGGCGAACCUCGACGCUCUGAGUGAUCCCGACCACGUGCAGGAGUUCUGUGCAUCGCUGUUAGAGCACUACAAGGUGAUGGCGAGGAACUACGGAGUCCUGCUCGACACUGCAGAGCCGUUCCUUGACCACGACCAUGUGCAGGAGGCUCUGCUCGAGGCGAAUGAGGCGUGGGUGCACUUGCAGGUAAAGGUCCUCGAGCGCAUACGUAGCACACUCUUCGAGGUCCACGCGCAGACCUUGCUGGAGGAACAUGUGGAAGAGAAUAGCAGCGUCUGUCUGCAGGUGGGCCCGUUCCUUGAUGAACUGCUGAACACACUGGCGGCAACGCGCGACACCGCCUCUCCGCUGUAUCGUCGCUGCCUAGAUUUGACAAACGAAUGUGAGGAUCUUCAAAAAAUGCUACCAGAACAUGAAGAACUCUGUAGGCGUCUGCUUAGUUUCGCCGAUCGCAUGCGAGUGAUGCGGGAGGCGUACAACUGCUACCGGGCAGCGGCACUUUCCCACCUUACGUACUUAUCCUCCUCCUCCGACGUCCUCGCUGAGGCGAUGCGACGCAAAGAGGAGUAUGAGGGCUGCGUGGAGGAGCUUCAGGCGUGGGCGGAUGAGAAGGCAAGGUGUGACUCUUGGCGGGACAUUCGCGACAAGGUGCGGGACAUCAAACUGCUGCUAGAACGGGAGCAGCAAUUCGUAGAGGACGAGGAAAAGAAGACAAAGAGGUAG